AUGGAUCCUCAUGGCUUCUCCAAUCAUUGGGGGUAUCCACCACCAUCCGAGUGGUAUUUCCCCAAGACUCCCUGGAGCAAUCAAGGAGGAGAAGACUAUGGAUUCGGGUUCCAGUACCAACCCCCUUACUACGGAGAACAAUCAGACCCUUGGGCAUAUCAAGAACAACCUCCUUAUCGAGAAGAAUUUCUCCCACAACCAGAGGGCCCAUUGGAGCUAGAGUUACCCAUGGCGGCCUUCACGGGCCAUUCUGCAGAGCCAUGCUACACUCCACAGCCAGAUCCAAACUAUGAAUUGAGUCUUCUCAUGGAGCAGUUUGCUCGAGACUGUGAUAGAACAUGCUCCAGGAUGGAUCAUUGUGUCCAGGCCUAUCGUGAAACAGAGGAGAUCCUCCUGAGCCUUAAGAAGAGCGUCGAUGAUCUUGAGCGAUCGUGGGCACAACCUGCUCCAGAUCACCCUUCUGCUACCAUACUAGAAGAGGAGGAGGAAGAAGAAGGCUACAAGGACAUUGUGGAGCACACUAAAGAUGUCACAGAGAGCUCCCGUGAUGAUCAUGAUUUGGAAUGUCCUGUCAUAGCCGACGACACCUUCCCACAUCCCAAACUGAGCUUUGAAGAGGCGGGCAUGAGUGAGGAGAUGCAAGAAGAUCUCAUGAAAGAAAUUGCUUGGCAACUUGCUCUCCAAUCCGUGCUAGAAGAAGAAGAGCAAGAAAGGGUGCAGAAAGAAGUUGUGGAGGAUGACGAAAGUGAAGCAAGAGGAGUUCUUGAUCAUUUCCCAGGGGUGAUACCACACGAACAAGGAAGGGAGGUUGAAGAAGUAAUUGGCGUCCAGGCUGAGGACGAAGUUGAGGUGGAAGAGGCUUGCACCGGCCAUGAGUUACAUUUGAUAUCUCCGCCAAACUUCGAGGAACUACUUAGCAAGGACCCAUUUGUAGUGUCUCUUUGCCAAACCAAGGCCACAUCGACAUCGGUUCCUCUUGAUGGACGCGAUGGUGGCCAAUCGAUGUUGUCAUAUCUAGUUUGA